UUGUUUUUGCUGUUUCUUUUCUUCAGAGCGAAAUCAGAUACCCAAGCGAGUCCUGGAGUCAAAACUAAGCGCUCUCUUCCAACUCGUCAAGUGUUGGCCGGAUACUGGGGACAAAACUCCAUCGCUUACAGAGUCAGCCGCCCAAAGUGGGAGAAAGACCUACGUUACUUCUGCAAUAAUCACAAGUUUGAUAUCUAUUUGGUCGCGUUUGUUCAUCGCCUGUUUCGAAAUAACAGAAACAGAGGUACCUUUCUAGGAAACUCUUAUUGACAUGAAGUACAGGCCGCCCUUUUUUUUUUUCGUUUAGCUAGCCUUUUCCAACAACCUUGCUCUUAUUUGCCGAUGAUGCAGCUCUAGCAGGUUCAUACAGAAUACAACUGAUUGCAGCCCGGCUCUAUCGGCGUAGGUGCAGGAUUUAGUGAAAAUUUUAAAUUGAUGGCAAAACUUUUUUACUAUCCACUUUGUUAUCAUCCAUUAGAUGGUUAUCCUGGAAUGAACUUUGCUCAUCACUGCAGCUACGCUCCAAACUCCAGGAACCCUGAUGUGUUUGAAUGUGCUACAAUUGGGGGUGGCAUCAGGGAUUGCCAAAAGAUGGGUAAGAAGUUGCUAAUAUCCCUUGGCGGGGAUACUUGCGACGGGAGCCUGGGUAGUGCUGAGAAUGCCAAGAAAUUGGCAUACUAUAUAUGGAAUAUGUUCUUGGGUGGAAAAGACAUGCAGGAUCAAAGGCCUUUUUUAUGGUAGGGCCUGAAAUAUUUUGAAGUCUUUUAUUCAAUUAAUUAACUGUUACAUACAUAGGCCCUUUUAAUUCUGUUACUGCUGGACUAAUCUCCAUAAGAAUAAAGUCAGAGAUGUCAACGCAGAUAACUUGGUUGGCGCUUAUGUAUCUUUAUACUCUACAACAAUGUCAAAAAUAUUAUGCUGAUACUUCUACAGCAUAAUAAUUAAAUACGAUUUUUUUUUUUUCAAAAGUCCAAUUUUCAUAUCUAACCCAAACCAAAAGUAUGUUAUUUAAAAGCUGUUUUAACAGCUGUUAAAAUUAUUGGACCUAUACAGUAGAAGCUCGAUAUAACGAAGUACCAAUUGACAGGCAAAAAUACGUAAUCGAUGUCAUUCUUUUCUAUGCAAUUUACCAUAAAUGGGGCGAAGAAUAUAUCGUUUGUCAUACAAAGGACUUUGUUUUAUAAAGGUUCUUUUAGGUUCCACUGUAUCUUGUAUUCAAAAGUAGGCGCGCGCCCGUGCCACAUUUUAGCGAAUGACAAGUUAGUCUCUCAUGAUUUGUAGGACGGUUAUGGAUGGCGUUGAUCUCGAUAUCGAGAUCGGAAGUCAUAAAUACUACUCUGACUUUGUCCAAGAGAUGAGGGGCUUGAUGGGCACAGACCCUAGCAAGCAGUACCUAAUUACUGCGGCUCCACAGUGCCCUUUCCCAGAUAAAUGGAUGGGACCACAGAUUCAGGGCUCUGCUCUGGAAGGUGAAAGGCUACUUCUGACUUCCCAUAUUUUACUUCUUAAAACCUUUCUUUAAACAAUGUAGAGAUAGGAUUAUUGCCCCCGGAUUUCGAAAUCUAUCUAGAUAAGAAUAAUUUAAGGCGAUGUUAAACAUUGUUUAUCAUAUUUACAGCUUUGUACAUCUUGCAUAGAAAGGAAAAUCUUUAGCUAUCUUUGUUACGUUGCCGUAAAUAGGAGAAGGCAGCACUACAUAACUGCUUUUCGUGAUAAUCUGGCACGAGACAGGGUUUACAGACUUUUGAAUAAGGGACGUUAAAUAAGAAAAGUUUAAAAAAAUAAUUGGUUAACGUCAACGCCGCAACGCAAGUCACAGAAAAGAUAUCAAGCAAAGAAAACUGGGCUGCAGGCUUAUACUUUGAUCCACAGCAGAUUCCUUUGGUGCAUUGUACGAAACCCUGUUAAGACUGAUAUCAACUUACAGUUAGGUAACAUAUAUAGUACUGUACAUAGAUACAUUUCUGUUUAAAACAGCUUAAAAUGGAACAUUGUAUCAGAAAUGUGGAAUUAUUUUUCUAUUGUGAAAUCAAACGGUCAUCACGAGCAAACGUUUACAGCUUCGUGGCCUGAAAGCGUACGAGUAUGCGGGCUGCGAACUGGAGCAGACUACAAAAUAAUCAAACACUUUUCAAUUUACUGUCAAGUAGAACACCAACAUUUUCGUUUUGAGGUAUUUUUCACUACAUAAAGCACUUUCCAAUUGUCACAUCCGUUGACGGUUUCAAAAGUGUCCAUUGUCCGCCAUCUUAGAGAGGUUUCCUUCUUAUAGAAAGUAUAGUUACAGUAAAAUUCCGGGAUGAAAAACGGCAGGGACCAACACCACAUAUCCGUCUAAGAGAGCUGUCGGCCGUCUUAUAGAGAUGUCCGUUAAGGGAGUUGACCGAAACUGCUUUUGAGACUCAACCAGCAAUAACUUAACUUGUUUCUUGUUAGAUUUUGGGCACGAAUUUGACUACCUGUUCAUCCAAUUCUACAACAAUUACUGUUACCCUGGUGACAAAUACUUCAUGCCAGUAAUGGACACUUGGUUGAACUGGGCACGAAGUAUUCCUAAAGGACCUCUAAUCGUACUUGGUUUGCCGGCUGGACCGCAGGCAGCUGGCAAGCCGCAUUAUUAUUUUCCUCCUGAUAAACUCGCAACAGUUUACAAGGUAACUAAUUUGCUCGCUACUUGCCCUCUCAUAUAUUGCAGGAAAUGAAUUUAGGCUCUCAGUAUAUGCGUAUUCACAUUUUCUGGUCUAACAUAUAAUUUUGAAUGAAUAACUAAAACUGAAUCAUUGGAUAAUGCAAUUCUAUAGCUCUGAUUGGAUUGGCCAUCAUGGUAUAUGACCCAUUACCAUGCUCUCCAAAUAUACGGUAAAUGUAUCCGUCUGCUCAAAAUUUAAAAAAAAAGCUGAAACUCGGUUGUUUUCACAAAUAAAGUCAGGAAGAAUCCUCGAUAUUUUGUGGGCGUUUUUAAUAAAACAAUUAUUCCACUCGCGCUUGUUAGAUAUGAGAGGAUUAUAGCCAACUCGGCGCUACGCGCCUAGGCUAUCCAACAUCUCAUAUCCAACGCGCACUCGUGGAAUAAUUGUUAAAUAUAAAAUAUCUUGGAUGAGACGACAACGUACGUGUCCUCUUUUUUUAUUUUCCUGCCGUAUGUAUGCUGCACAAAUUGAGAAAAAAAAUGACGUUUUUCUCAGAUACGUCCUGAACCUAAAUACGCUAAUGUGCAAUGUUCAAUCUUUUAUCCCUGCCCUAUUUUUUAAGAAGAACUAAUAAAAACAUUACCUAUAAGGACAGGUCUGAGAGAAGUUUGAAAUGAAAGGUUAUCCAUCCUACAAUUUUCGAUUAUCUGGCAAUUUUAUAUAGUGACCUUUCUAUGCCCUGUACUACUGUGUACAUCGAAGCACUGUAGUCUAUAUGUUGGUCUACAGGAUGCAUGUGCAUCGCAGACGACGCUAAUAAGAUCAUCGUUUAUUUGCUGUAGAAAAUACGUGACAAGCCCGGCGUUGGUGGACUGAUGUUUUGGGAUUGCUCCUGGGUACAAAACAAUAUUGUUAAUGGUAAAGAUUAUGGCACACAUGCUUUUGAACUGCUGUGGGGUAUCGCGGUCACACCGACUACAACAUCAACCACUAGCACCCAUGCUCCUCCAAAAACAACGCAGACCUUACCGAACAAGAAAACAACCACCCAGACAAUACUUCAAACGACCAAGAGCCCUGCUACAACACGAAUCCCUACAGCUGGUGAGUAAGGACUUUCUUGCCCUGUCCUUUCAGCAUCUUCUUCUGGAAAUGAUCUCAAGAUGUUAUCCACUAAUUUAGAAUGUACAGGGCACAUAUUCUCUUUAAAUUAUAUAAUCAAAAGUAUAAAAUCAUUACAUCAAUAACGAUCGUAUCCGCAACCUGAUCCCUCGCCAAACAUUCCAGAUCGAAUCUGAAUUUAGAAAUGUUUUGAAGAAAGGGAAUACCGGACUAGCUGGUGAAAAUCCUCGCGGACAAACUGGACAAGAACCAAUUAGAAACUCAACCUAUACAUGGCGUCACCUCCAAACUUGCAUCCGAGGGCCACAUUCACCAUUUCCAUAUAGACCCUCCAAAAUUUUGCAUAGCCAUUGUCUUCGAUUUUUCUUGGGACGACUGUGAUACCCAGGAGAAAUUGGACACAAUGGUUUAUGCAAAAUUUUGGGAGGAUAAACAAGGUGCAUUACGAUCUAUGGGCCUAGCCUGUUUACAUGGAGGUGGGGGACCUCAGGUAGGUGAGGUAACCCGCUUAGGUGGGGUAACCCGCCUGUCCAUACAAUCUCUCAUUUUAAUGUGAUCACGUUUACAUGUUAGGUGGGAUAGCUCGCCACAUGUUACCUCUCCUACCUAGGGUCCCCCACCUUCAUGUAAACAGGCCCAAUGAGAAAAUGGUGCAUUGAUGGGUUGUGGGCAAACGUGCUUCCAAACUUUUAUUCAGUAACUCUUUAUUCGUAAUACUUAAACUCUACGACUUGAAACUUGGCGUUAAAUGAUGAGCAAUCAUAACCGAAAAAUAUUAAAAUUAGAAAUUAUUAAUACAAUAAACACCUUCAAAGGAAGCUGUUGAUAAUUUUGUUGUCUAAAUUUUUGUUGCUAUCACCAUUUUUAAGGACCAGGGGGCUGUGCCACGGAUGGCUAUUUUCCUGACCCAUCAGACUGCUCCAAGUUUUUUAUCUGCUCAGCCGGUGUUCCCUUUGUCAGAAGCUGUCCUGCAGGAUUGAUGUAUAACAAAAAUCAAAAGUAUUGCGACUGGCCUCAAAACGUUCAAUGUUAAAAAGAUAAAACAACAAGAUGAGGAGUGAUACAUUGACAAAUAAAUAAACAACAUAACUGAGCCGCAAUUAUUCAAUAAACACGAAAGUAGUGUAUGACACUGUUGAUAGUGGUUUGGUUUCAUUACGCUUUUUUAGACUUUAAAGUGGGAGGAAGAGUUUAACACUAUGACAGUUGCGGCAUGAUGGUAUUUCAAAACCUGAUGAAACGCAAAUGCAAUAAUAAUAAUAAUAAUAAUAAUAAUAAUAAUAAUAAUAAUAAUAAUAAUAAUAAUAAUAAUAAUAAUAUAAUAAUAAUAUUAAAUAAAGAUAAAGAAAAAGAAACAGCUACCAUAGGCAGCCUAAUUUCCCAACCUCCUUUCUCCCACCCUCAUCCUCCCCCUUCUCUUCUAUUCUAGCAGUAGUUGUCGGUAGAUGUUUUUAUUUCUGUUUAUUAAUUAAGCAUUAUCUUAUUAUUAAUUCGCGAAUAUAUUUUUACGGCCCUAAUUGGCUUAAAGCAUUCGUCCAAUCAUCUAUCAAAACACAAUGUCGCUGACCAAAUAUGAAAAAAAUGCGGCAAUUGACCAACGGAACACAAGAGUAUAUGAGUUUAUGUGCAUGCCAAAGUAAUCAUCAAGUCAUGUUAAAAAUAAUUUCUCGUUAAACGUCUGCAAAACGACUCGCAAAGAGAGGGCGAUGCGAACUGCACUAAUAGCUUAUAAAAGGAGGGGGGGACUCCUACACCUCUGUAACUUUUGAUUGGACGCAUCACUUUCCUCAUUUGCAUAUGAAAAUUUACGACACAGCUUUUCAGUGAGUAUAACUAGACUCGGGAUGUAUUUAAUAUAAGAAGUGUUAGUGACAUUUCGAGUUGCGUUACAUUAUGUACGUCCUGACAAUUAUCACGUGUUUAUGUCAUGUGACGUUGUUGUUGAACUCGAACUCUUGGAUGGAACUUGACUCGAGACUUGUCGAGAUUUGUCGAGAUAGUUUUGUUUUGUUUUGUUAAGAGCUUACACAGGGGCACCCGACGACAAUUUUCGGAAAAUAUCUGUUCGGAAGACGAUUUGAGAUCUAGAAUUUUCGGAACAUUUGUUGUAAAAUUUCUUGCUUGCCUGCCUCUGCUAGGAUUUUCGAACAUCUAAAAAAAUGGCAUAAUUGCCUAUUUUUAACGGAUUUUUACCCUAAAAGGUCAACUAGAAUUUUCGGGAGCCUUUUUUCUGGCUGGAAUUUUCGAAAAGGUAAGUUUUGAUCCCUAUAAUUUUCGGAUCACUGGACUUUCAGCUAGGAAAUCCGGACAGAUGAAAAAUUUUUAGGGGAUAAAAAUAUGCCUAUAUUUACCGUUUAAAUACUAAAAUACGUUUAACAAUGCUAUGUUUAAGUGGUUUUGAGCUAUAUUCUCGUUUGGUGCCCCUGCUUACAGUCUUGGAAUAGAAACAACAAUAAGGUCAAGUAUCCUCCGAUUCUCAACAGUUAUUUUAUGAAUAAUAUAAAUAAAGACAUGCAGGCCAACUAUGUGGAUAAGAAUGUAGAACUAAAACUAUACAAUAUUUUUUGGAAGAACAGCAAAAAGCUUUUAAGUAUAGCUUGCAAGGUAAUAUGGUAUGUUCAAAACCGUCCGCCACUCACCACAGUUAAAUUUCUCAACGAAAAGCAUGUCAUCAAAAGGAAUCUACUGCAAGCUAAAACUAUCGAAUACGAAAACUUUACUUGAGUUGAGCCAUUAAUGUGUUGCUUGAUGUCUUGGGCCCAAAAUCGCAUUGACCGCAAUAAUAUACCAGAACUUGUCCCAAACAGUUUGCAGUAACAAAAACAGCAAGAAACGCUGUUACUAUUGCUAGCUAAAAAUCACUUCUUUUGCCGUUAUCAUCUAUGCUUAACCAUUGUCAUAAGACACUCCUAAACAUGACGAACGUUUCUACUUUUCUAUAAGUUGAGCAAUUUCGUUCUGCUAAUUAACAAGACAUAUCGUUGCAUAUUUAUCCCUGAUUUGAAUAUAAUUUUAAUCUCUCUCUUUUUUUUUUCAACUCACAAUGACUCAUUAGCAUUGGUGAAAGAAAAGGAAAUUAAAAUUUCAAUCAAGAACGAAGCUGAAUCACAACGUACACAGAUGCAAUCUAUCGCAUUGAAAAAACCUCCAUCACACCUACUGGUUUUACUUAGCCUGAAGAGGAUCUUGUGAGUUAGCCGGAACCAAAAUAGUAAAUAAAUAAAUAAACAAUAAAAACUGAUUAACUAUAUUCAGACCGGAGAGCUUUUUAGGCAGUCCCUCUCUCAAAAAUAAAAGAACUUUAAAACCGUUUCCCAGAAUUUAUCCGGGAACAUUAUAAAGUCGUCGUGACGUGUACGUCAACCUUGACGUUUCCAUGGUAACCAAGAUUUACAGCCAUGUUUUUUCAAAAUUAUCAUGUUUUCUAUCAAAAAGGUUUUAUUGCUAUUAUAUAUUUUAGUUAUUGUAUGCACAUAUGAAAAUUUCUAUCACGAUUAUCUCCAUUACCUCCUAAGUAAAGUCGAAUAUAUAUGAUUAAUUCAAAACUGAGGAUCUAAGGAGGCGGAUAGUUUCAGUUCCUUCUUUGAUAAUAAGAGACGCCAUCAUGACAUCACUGCUAUUGUUAAAUAUUAUUUACAGCUAUUUCGAGAAAGGUUGUUGGAAAACAUGUGCACGCGACAAUCCCGAAAUGUAAUAUGGGAUAUGAUCAAUAAACUGUUCGUUACACUGUAGCUGUCGAAAAUACUUUUGUUGCUUUCCUUUAGUACUCGCAAACAUAUGUCUAUGGCCUCUUGUGACAUUCUUUCAAAUUUUGUUGAAGAACUGUGAACUCAGUACUACCCACAAUACCUUUCGGCAUUGUCGCGUGCACUUUUUCCGCCAGCCUUUCUCGAAAUAGCUGUAAGCGUUAGCCAGCUUCCGGCAGACACCUUUCUAUUUCGCUCUUUAGCUACUUUAAGGUCAAUUUCGAUUCUGCCAAUAAAUUCAACAAUAUGACGUCAUAAUGACGUCAAAUAACGUCAUUGUGUCAAUCAAGUUAUGCCUAAAUGUUUGAAAUGAUGAGUGGAUCAGUAUUCUCUGUAAUUUUGAUGGCCGGGUAUAUUUGUAUCAUAUGCGAAGUCCCCACCGCCCCCGUCGAAAGAAGCGAAAAAAUCCCCGUCUGAACAGGGUUAACAUAACUAUUUUCUCCCUUUGCCAUUUAAGAUUUUUUCUUCCUUCCCGGCCAUUUUAGCCUUACGUCUUGCAGUCGAUUCCUUUCAGCACGGAGUUAACUUUUAACUUGAACUUGCUUUUAACUUGGAGUAUGGGAAGAUUCUUCCCGUUUGAAUCACCAUUUUGAAUUAUCAUUUUGACCAGUAUAUUAUACUACUGAAAAUCCGAAAACUAUUCUCCGUUCCGCUUAGGCUUAUUAUCUCCCAGUAACGGAUGAAAAAUGCAAACAAAGCAGACGACCGGAAAUACGUCGACUGUGUUCGCAGGCUAACUUGAGGUGACGGUUCAGUUUAGUUUUUUGGUUUUGGAUCCCUAGAGCUAAAGAAAAUGGCAGGAAGAUGUUAAAACGGAUUAGCGAAGACCCAAAAAGAAGACCCAAAAGGAAGGCAAAAAUAAACAAACUGUAACUCUAAUGCUGUCGACCGCUUUUUGAAAAAUUUCAACAAGUUAACGAAACCGCAAGACAGAUAAUAGAGAAUUUAAACGAACGGAAGAUCUUGUCAAAGUUUGUUAAAAGCACGUUAUCGGCACUGCAUGAACAAAAGUGAAGCAAUCAUCGUCUUUCAAAUUCUCGAACUGAAAAGUUCACAUUGUGCAAUUAAGAAAUGGUAAACGUGCUGAGUGUAAACAUUGCCGGACGUGAGUGGAAGGCGGCUCAAUAGCGAGAAAUCAAUUAUAGAGUUGCCCAAGGCGUAACGCCCACUCUUCUGCACGUUAACCAUUUCUUUAAUUAUUUUGUAAAAUUUGAGAAUUUGAGAAGCAAUAACAUAUUAAAAAACUUCAUAAGAGAGACGCCGGUUGUGAGGAGACUUUUCCGAUCCACAUAUUUCAAUAAAAAAAAUAACAACAACGAACUGAACAAAUCACAGGACGAGAGUUUUACCCCUGGAGACCAUAAAUAAAGGAGGCGUUUAUAGAGGGUCUCAAUGGGGUUCACCGAUAGGCGCAAACCGGCCAAAAAUUUAGUCGAUAGCCGUAAAAAUUGAAAAAUUUUAACCGUUAGCCGUAAAUAGGGUAAAAAAGAGUUAACCGUAAAAGAAAUUGUUCCCUAGAUUUGCUACUUUUAAGGAAGGUACUAAACUCACUUAUGGUUACGAUUUUUAUUUCCCGGCUAUUGUGACUCCGUACGCACGUUAUAGUUAAAGCGCCUUUUAGGUGUUGACCAACACCCAUUUCCAUUUCCGCCGUUCUCUCGGGGAACUAAUUUUUUUUCCAUAGCGAAAGUGUGGCUUCUUGCUAGGGAUUAAUAUUUGCGAUUUUCAGAAGGUCGUGCCCUCGAAACACUAGUGAAACAACACGCAGAGAUCUCACUGUUUGUAAAACACGUUGCCGAUAAACAACAUUUCCCUGUUUUUCUCUGGCGCUGCGGUAGACAUUGCCCUGCCAUGCCUAGUCCCUGUACGGCGUCUUCCCACGCAGUCUCGGUCAAGGCAUUUCGGUGGCGAACUCGCUCGGACCAGGUGACCCGAAAAGCAUUAGCCGCGCGAAAUAAUGAGGCCUACGGACAAGGCAACGGCUGACAGUGGUUCCGUACAGUCCUUCACUAUAAUUAAAAAAAUUGGACACGGGAAUAUUGUUAUUGGCCGUUUUCACACUAGAGCUAGAAACGGAUUAUCCGUCUGAGACUAGCCUGUGUACAGUCGCCCCCUUCCGCCUUCCCCACAGACACCCCUUCUCCGAUUUUUUUCCUGAGGGGAGGGGGCGGCUGUACACAGGCUAUCUGGAACGGAUAAUCCCAUCUUCAAACUGUCCGUCGAAAUUGAAGGAUAAAGUCAGGCGGAUUGCUCAUUCAAAAUUAAAACUAUUCCAUUUUCAAAUUAAGACGUAUUUACCUAUCUGACGCGAAUCAUCAAACGGAUAACCCGUCUCACACGAAUAAUCCUCCGUCUCUAGUGUGAAAACGGCCAUUUCUGUUGUAAUCAAUGUCGCGCCCCGGCCUUGAUUUGGACGUUCGCGUGUGUGCUUUGCUUUUUCACAAAGAUUAUUUGACAUUUCUAUGUGCAAAAUAAUAUUAGAAGUGGAAUACUUUAUAAAAAGUACCAUCUAUCAAAUGUUAAAAUUUUUCAAAAGAAUAGCUUGUUUCACAUCCCGAGAUGAUCUGAAGACCUUUAUUUUGCGUUAAGGAUACAAAAAAUACAGGUUAAUUAAUAUUUAACUUUUUGAAACAAAAGAAGUUAAUUUUUAAAUUUUUUUGUUAACCGUAACUGAAAAAAAUUAGCCGAUAGCCGUAAAAGAGCCAUAAUUCUAGCCGAUAACCGUAAAUACCACCACCCCAUUGAGACCCUCUUUAUAAUUCUUGUCAGGGUUGCGUUAGUCGUUGGGCACUGGGGGCAUAAAAACUAUUAAACAACCAACUAUUCAGACAACUGGUCUGAUAUAAUGGUGAGAUGGUUACCGUAGGGAAAUAAAAACUGAUGCCUCGAAUGGUUGCAUUGAAAAAUUAAUUUUCUGAAUGCCUCUACGGUGCCCAGUUACGUUUACCUGAUCAGCGUCGUUGAUAAACAAGCUCAGUGGCAUCGGCUGUUCCCUAGAGAUAGGAAAGUUGAUGAAAACAUGCGUUCAGCAAGCCGCUUUCUAUGACUUGUAUUUUACACUCAAAUUCAAGGUCAAUUAAGAAUUUGUUCAUGCUUAGCGUGCGUAUAUCGAGUUAUGGAUGCACGCGGGAAGUUUGGAGAGCACGAAAGAUGCGUAAGAGUUGCACGAGGCGAUAGCCGAGUGCAACUCUAGCUUCUUGAGUGCUCUCCAAACUUCCCAAGUGCAUCCAUAACUCGAUAUACGCACAGCUAAAAGCAUGAGCAAAUUCUUUUAUAAAAUAGCUGACAAAAAUGCUUGCUUUUUGAUUAACUGCAAAAUUCUCGUAACACGCUACAAAAUAACAAACGGUUCUAUUGGCUGAUUACAAACACGCCACAAUCGUCUAGUUUGAAUGAAAAUAUUCUUUCUGUAAAAGUGACAAAGAAAAUUUGCUUCUUUAUUCGUUAACGAUCAAUGGAAACUAAGCAGAAACAAAGGUAAAAGAGUCUUAAAGUUCACCUAAAGUUAAAAUACUAACAUGUUCGUAAGAAGUCGUGGAGUAUGGUUUGGAUUUGCUGAAAAGAUGAUUUGCUGAAAAGAAAGUUUUGCUCAGCGAAACCCAGGAAACAUGUUUUUAGCGAAGACGACUGUCAUCCUUCUUUAAACUUAUAUUCAUUUAUGAACAUUGGCUGGUCAUUACGGCUUCUUGAGAAGACCUGGCAGCAGUUGUUUUUGUGAGUAGUAAAUUUAUGUCUUCUUGUGUAAUUUGUGUUGUUAUUGCGAGAGAAAUUUUCCUGCCUCAGUCGGAUUGUCCGGAUAACAACGUGCAUAACAAAUUUAAAAACAACAAUAAAAACCAAAAUUUUGCCUUUAAAUGUUGUUGAUGACCAGUUGGUGUCUGUUCUAAUCCCAGUGAAUGUCUUUCGGCCAAAAUUUGCUGCCGCUGGUCUUCGACAAAUUUGCGAAACGCGCGACUUGCGAGUUUUUUUUAAAUUCGGCUUUAUUUUUGCUGCUUGUUGGAUCAGGACCUAAAAGGGCAAGGCCGAUAGAAAAAUUGGGCAGUUGUUUGCUGGUUUCUUCCGUAUUUUAAAGAGAAGGAAAAGUGCACUGCAGCUUAAAAGUCGACAACUUUGCAGCCAGGUAAAAAAAAAAUGCUAACGUCACCUUAUUUACGCACGGGCGUGCGUAAAUAAAGAUUUUGUUCAUAGCGGCUCAAUAGGACUUAAAUAGGGGCAAGCACGCGCGCUAUGUUAUAAAAAGAAAUAUGGAAUAAAUUUCGGUAAGGUGCAAAAUAUUUCGCAAAUCGAGGAGGAGGGUGUUAUCAGUCAAAGCCGAAGGCGGAUUCAAUGAUUGUUUUAUAACUCGUUCAAAAUAUGUCCAAAACACUUUGAAAAGAGCAAUACACAGGGAGACACAAGGACAUUAAGCGGAAAACACCAUGUUAAAUUUUGCCCAAGCCUUUGAACCUAGGCAAAGGUAAGGUUUCGAAAAGUUGGAAGGGGAGGUUUUAACAUCUCACUAAUUUAAAAAUUGUAAUAAGGGAGUCAUGUCCGAGACUCGCUGGGGUCUGCUUCUUUUUGUUAUCAAAAAAGUUGGAGAUCAAGUUUUUUCUUUAUGCCAACGAGAAAUGAAAAGCCAAACUGGAAAGGAAUUGAAAGGUCUUCAACAAUCAGUAUUGAUACAGUCCCGUUCCUUAUUUAAUUUUAUUUUGCUUUGAUAACGCUGUUUUCUAUUCGUCUUUCCUGCAUCAGUCUGUCCCGUUCUUUGGCCGUUGAAUAGUUUUUUGUAGUAUUGUGAUAUUAGUGAGCCUAGAUAACAAUAACAAUAAAAGAAAAACGAAAUUUUCGAAUACUCUACCUUGACGAUUAUUGGAUAUUAUUGAUCAGUAAAUAAGAACAUUUUAUAAUUAUGUGGCUAGUGUAUAUGCAAAGCCAUGCUUGAUAGUUCGGUAGAGUUUCUUUAGUCAAAUUACUAAACGAAAUGGCAUGGAGUGGCCGAAAACACUACAGAUAUUUUGCACUACAUGCGUUAUCAAAAAUUGACAGGUGGAGUUUUGGGUAUGCAUUAGCGUGUCAUAAGUUUUAUUUCUUCAUCCGGUGGAAGUGCGUGGCGGAUCCACAGCAAAAGAGGGGCUAAUGAUCCACUAAUGAAGUUCUAACUGCAUUCUUCCUUACGCAGGUUGACUUAUUAUAAUUACAAUGAUAGGUAUUCAUGAAAACAGAGGUGGGCUGGAAAUAAGACGGUAUUUUAGCUCUCUGAACAUCGGUUUGUUCGCUGAAUGUUAGAAUGUAAAGGAAUGAACUGGUUCGCACUGAAAUUUCACCAACAAUAUGAGCUCCGGUCCAGCAGGUUAGUAACGGUGUAGCUUGUGUUUUAAAAAUACUACUGCCACUGUAUGCUAUCUAACUAUCUUGUAAGUAGUUUACUGGGUGCUGGCUGUAGUAAAAGGCUCAAAUUGUAGCCAACAUUUUGAGCUAGGUCGUGGAGGAAAAUAACUUGAUAAGCCUUGGAAUAGUACUCAUUCAAGCUACCCAUAGACUAAAGGCUGUCUUAGUCCCAGAACCCCCUUAUGUUUGGUAGUUAGAAGAGCAUCACUAACAACUGAUCCCGGCAUCCCUUAAUUUGUAUCGGUCCUUGUAAGAUCCUUUUUUAUACGGGGAACAUGCCCAGUGAAACGCUCCUUAGGUCAUCUGAUUAUUGUCUAGGUAAAUAUAGAGAGAAUUCUACCUGCAACUGGAAUGGAAUUGGUCUUGAGACCGAAGCAUAAAUAAAAUAUAAAUUGGAAAAUGUGGAAGGUGAACAUGACACCGAAAUUUUUCAUUAGUUCAUAUUUGCAUCUCAGUACAGCCACGGGAAAUAAUAAAUAGAAGCAUAAUACCUGAGCAGAGCAUAAUUUCAAGCAUAACUGAUUUAACCUUUAACCUUGGAAAUUGAAAAGUUAAAGUUAUCAGCUUAAUUGACGUCAGCAAAUAUGACAUACGACAGCAUAAGUUAACAUUUGACGCCAUGCAUGGCCAGAAAACUCGGACAUCGAGUUUCGUGUGACUUACAUUCAGGUUGUCACGCAAGGAUCUUAACCGCUGGUUUUCAUAUUGCUUCCGGGCUCAUAUUGUUAGGAAAGAUCGAGUGAUCAAAUACAACGAUGUUUAUGGGCAAAUAAAGGCCGCUGUUCCAAAAUAUUGCGAAAAAGAGAAAUGGCGAAGCUUUCGAACGCGAGGUUUUGGAGAAGAUUUGGAUGAUUUUUGGCCGAGAUUGUAGAGCGAUGAAGCGGAACUGCAACUGUGUGACAUGUCCACCUUUCUUCUCGGGACUUAGUUGUUUUUUUUUAACAGCCGAAAGGAAAGGUAAAUUUACAUGCCGAAGAUCAGAUUCUUUAUUUUCCACGUAGCGCUUCAUCUAGAUCUAUAUUUUAUGACUCGAUUUUGGCAAAUCAUGUAGAAUCUUUAUUUUUUGGGUUAUUUCAUAUCAAAUAUGUUAUCUUUGAUGCUUUUGUCAGUGAUUUGCAAGGCUUUCACUGGCUCCGAAUAUGCAAAUUGGUAUCGUUCGGAAAGAAAGGUAUGGAAAUCAUUUUUGCUCUAUUAUUUUACAACAAAAAUAGCGCUGAAUUGACUCGAUUUUGCUUGAUUUUGGCAAACUGAAAAACGUUUGUAGUUUUUCUUAUAUUUUCCGUAUUUCAUCGCUUCUCAUAUAAAGCUUUGUAAUUUUCGUACGCCAUUAUUGUCAUUGAUUGGGAGAAGCUGCUACUGCUAUGCGGUUUCAAAUGUCCGAAAUUUUGGCCAGGUAAAUAGAACAAUUUGAUCGGCUAAACCAAAAAUUUGACGCUUUCAAGAUCGAUUUUAGGGGUAGUUCACAGUCUACACCGUGUCUAUACACAUUAUGGAAGACUAUCCCCUUGAAAUCUUUUGAACCGCCAGUGUCUUUUAACAGCCGAGUUUUUUUCAUGGAUGGCUUACCACAGUUUUAAUCUAGACAGUUCACAGUCCCUUAUUUUUCGUUAGGAUAGUCAAGAUCAAGCGCUUUGCGUUAAAGGUGGCCAUCUUGGUUUCAAAUGAACCGAGGGGACAGGCGUUGGGUAUAUAGUGGUAGGGGAAGAGAGGUGAGAAUAAAUAGAGGUUAAGACAGUCCCUCUAUUCUUCCACCUUCUCUGAGACCGUACUCUGUCCACUACGUAGAAUUUACUAUUUCGCAGGCUAUACUUGAAACAAUUUGAAACCAGGAUGGCUACUCAUACUGCAAAGUGCCUGAUCUCGAAGAUCUUACCAAAAAAUAGAAGACUGUGACCAGUCUAAGUUUUUUCAGUUCCUUAUUUCUUUUAAUAAAUGUAGAACAGGUGUAAGUUGCUGUUUUCAAUUUUAUGUGAAGUCCUCAGAGCUAAUCCUGUAGCUGGAAUGGAUGCACAAAAAGAAGAAUCAAAAGAGGAAAGGAAGAGUCCAAUGGAGAGAGCAAACAUAUUUUCUUUGCUAUUUUUCCGGUGGAUGAAUGAAACACUUAACCUUGGAAGUGAGAGGCCAUUACAAAGUAAAGAUCUCUUUCCUCUCCAGCAAGAGUUUAAGACAGAGACAUUAGUGGGGAAGCUAGAGUUGUUGUUGAAUGAGGGAAAGAAUAACCGUGCUCUAAAAAAUACACAGCCGCAACUAUGGAAACUCAUGUUCAAAAUGUUCUCAUAUAGAGAUUAUCUUAUUUUAGGAGCUGUAAAGCUCACACACUCUCUGUCAAAUGUUUUACUACCAUUGAUGGUCUGGUGCUUCCUGGCUGGCCUAUCUGAAAAUUCCAAUGUAAAUCAAGGUACCAUCAUCGGACAUGUUGUUGGUAUCUGUGUUCUGGCAAUGGUGAAGGGAAUUUCUCAACAUCAUGCCUUCUUUUUGGGUGGAAUUUAUGGGAUGCAGCUAAGGGCUUCUGUUAUUGGCAUGGUUUAUAAAAGGGUAAGUUAGUUUUCUUAACUUGAAUUUGAUUUGUGUAAGCUUCAGUUGUAUAUGUAUUAAGAUGGUCACUUCUGCGCUAACUGCUUGCAAGUGUAAAGAAAAAAAUGUAAAAAAAAAUGUAGCCCAAUUUAAUGCAAACCCCUUGAAGAAGAAGGUUUAUAUCCUUAUUUUUAUUUCUUUGAAUCUGGUAUAUAGCAAACUUUCAGUAGUUCGCCUAAAAUUUUCAGUUGAAUUUUGUUGAGUUAGCAGAGGGUUCUCCAAACGUCUGCCGGACACCUGAGGUGGCCAACUAGAUUAUGCCUUUGUUAAAGAAUACUUGUUUAAAUGUCACUUACUCCCAAGCUACAGUUCAUGUCUUUUCCUUGUACAGAUUAUGACAAUGAAUCGACGUUCAAUGAAUGAAGCUAUUACUGGCCAAAUAAUUAAUCUCGUCUCGAAUGAUGCAAAUCACCUCAGAGAUGCAGGCUGGAGUAUGGUUCUCCUUCUUGCUGCACCCAUAGAAAUCAUUUCAUCUGGGUUACUUGUCUGGUAUCUAGUUGGCUGGCAAGCAUUCAUAGGAGCUGGUUUCUUCCUUGCGGUAAUCACUUACAUCUCAUUGUUGUCUAAGGAAGCAGGAAAACUCAGAGAGAAAGCAGCUUUGCUGACCGAUAGAAGGCUUGAAGUUAUGAACGAAGUCAUCGCUGGCAUUCGUUCAGUGAAAAUGCGUGUAUGGGAGAGGAAUUUUAUGGACAUGAUAAAAGAUUUAAGAAAGUAAGUGAUAAAGAUUCUAUCCUAACCCUUUCUACAAUUUAUUCAGUGUUUUCUUAUUGAACAUUUGAAUAUGUGUCAAUAAAAUUCUUAAAUCUAGCUAAAUGAGAGUGUAUUAUUUUAAAGAACAACAUCCAUCACACAAUAUGUUUUGCGCAUGCUCGCAUUUCUACCGUUUGAGUUUUAGGCGGAAAUUAAGGGACUUCUUCUCAGCACAGCCGUGGACGCCAUUUUUUUUAGAAUUAGUUCACUAUUACCCAAGCAUCCUCGUUUCCAGUCUAAUAUAUGUUACCAUCGAACAACUUCGUUUCCAAGCAAAUAUACCAUCUAAUCAAUGGUUUAUUGCUCGCAUCUUCAAAUAUGGUGAUCGCCGAUUGAUUAUGAAGAAUUAGCCGGGUGUUGGAGCCAAUAAGAAGCGGCAAAAUAUUAUGAAUGAAUAAUGAUAUGUUAUAUCUUUCAGAAAAGAGAUCAGCUACAUUCGUUGGAGGGGAGUGAUACUUUCCAGCUUUGAUGCUCUCUAUUUUACCAACACUCCUAUUGCUGCAUGUAUCUCCAUCACAACUCUACUUUUCACCGACAACCAUUUAACAGCAUUUCAGAUUUUUACCUUACUUUCAACUCUAAACGUCAUAAAGUUUUCUGUUUCAGUAUCUCUGGGCGAGACGCUUCCUCUCUUGGCUGAUGCCAAAGUUUCAUUAGUUAGGAUACAAAACUUUUUGGAACUUUUUGUGAACUCUCAAAUUGAUUACUCUUCGAAUAACGUGGAUGAGGGAAACAGCAGUCCCACCUUCUCAAAAAUAUUCACGGUACAUGAUGACAGCGAAUUGGAUGAAACGUACGCGAAAAAGAAUGACACACUGAUAAACCCGUGCAUUUCUUUAAAAAAUAUCUACUGUAGCUGGAACGAGGCAGAUGGGUUGAAUAAGACACUACAAAAUAUCUCCUUGGACAUAUACAGGAAGCAACUCGUUGUUAUUACAGGUCCAGUUGGUUGUGGUAAAUCAUCGCUUCUGCUUGCAAUACUGGGAGAACUUCCAUGCAAAAGUGGAGUGAUCAGACAUUCUGGAGUCAUCACCUACGUUCCUCAACUUCCGUGGAUCUUCUCAGGAACAAUUCAGGAGAAUAUUAUCUUUGGGAAAUCAUUUGAUGGUGUUAACUAUGAAAGGAUAAUAAAAGCCUGCUGCCUCCAGAAGGACUUUUGUGAAUUCUCUAAAGGCGAUUUGACACACAUUGGCCAGAGGGGAGUAAGCCUAAGUGGAGGACAGCGAGCUCGUAUAUGUUUAGCUCGUGCGCUGUACACUGACGCCGACAUUUUUCUGCUAGAUGAUCCGCUCAGUGCCGUUGAUGCAAAAGUGGCAACUCAUCUCUACAAAAACUGCAUCCGCGGCCUGCUGUUUGAGAAAUGUUGUCUUUUAGUGACGCAUCAACACCAGUUUUUGAAGAAUGCUGAUGACAUUCUAGUCAUGAAGCAAGGUGCCAUUGUUCACCAAGGCAAGUAUGAAGAGCUUCAAGCCAGAGACAUCUUAUCAAACUUUUCGGUCUUUAAUAUGGAAAAUAAAAGAAAACAUUCAUUGGACCGCCAGACGUCGCACCGCUUGUCCAGGAGACGUACAAAUACGUCAUUGGUGUCUCCAGAAAAUGUCCCCGUUGACCUUGAAGAAGGGGAGGAGGAGAGAAUGAUUGGAUCAGUGAACUGGUGUCUUUAUUGGCGUUACUUUCGCUUUGCGUAUCCUGCUACCAUGCUGUUCUGCCUUGCUGGUCUUGUUUUGACUGUACAAGGUAAGCCUGGUGUAUGAGAUAAAUCUAUACCACGUCUUGCUAGUUCAUCGAGUUGCAGACUGAAUGGCAUUUGUACCGAAUUUCACAACAUUAUCACCUAAAUUAACGGCUUUUUAUUUUUUAUCGUUGUCAUUAUUAUUUUAUUUUUUUUUGUCCUUAGUUAAACAAUUAACAUAGUACCCAGAAACCGUAGGGUGAGAAGAAAGUCAUAAAUCCAUUCAAAUCAGAACAAAAUGGGUAUUUUUUGGGUAAAUUUUUUUCAAUUCCCACCAGGAAGAAAAAUUAAAUGACAUGAAGGCUAGAUUAAUGUAAAAGUACACCCAUUGGUUCUGAUAAAUUUUCAGUGCCUGCGUGUUGACUGGAAGAAGGCUUGUAAUGUGGUUAUUUUUGCAGUGAUAAUAUUAAUAGCAGUCGCUUAUUUUUUUAUAACCAUUGAACAUUUUUCUCAGUGGCCCUUAUCUCACCGUAUUGGUGGCUAUCGCAAGUUGCCAACAUGACAUUAAAUCAACAAAGAGCCCCAGAAACUCUUGGAAUCUUUGGAUCCCUGGUAAUUGGCGCUCUUCUCCUUUCCACACUUGUUUCUUUCUUGUUUUACCACACGUUGCUGCGAGCAUCAGAGAAACUUCACAACAAGAUGGUCAGAGCAGUCAUGAAAGCCCCAGUCAUAUUUUUCGACACAAAUCCUGCCGGCCGCAUUCUUAACCGAUUCUCCAAAGACAUCGGUUGCAUGGAUGACACCCUGCCACCUCAGUUCCUGCUUGCAGUCCAAUUGUGCCUCUUCACGUUUGGAGCUACUGUGCUUUCUGCAGUUACCAAUUACUGGCUUGUGAUUGGCAUCACCCCUUUGAUGCUACUGUUCUUUUACUAUGGAAGGUAUUACUUGAGGACUUCUAGGGAGCUUAAGAGAUUAGAGGCCAUCAAAUGUAGUCCUGUUUAUUCACACGUGGCAGAAACGGUUCAUGGCCUGGAGGUAAUAAAAACGUCUGGAAUGGAAGAGCGCUUUCUGCAGCUUCUCUUUAGGUUGGUUGUUGAUUUCCUUUUCUAUUGUAGUUUAUAUGUUUAUAAAUUUUCUUUUCUUUAACCCUUUCAGCCAUGAUAAAGGCCAAAGCAAAUUGUCUCAUAAAAAUUCUUUCCUUUUUUUUUUUUCCUUUUUUUCGAAAAUUCUUAGAGAGAAAAUAGUGCUUUAGAGAAGCUCUAUAAAAGAGGUUUCAUUCGAAUGGAAGUACUUUACAGGCUCUAGGUCUAGAUUUCAUCUAUUGGUUUAAAACUAGAAUGACAAAUUGAAAAUACUUUUUGACCAUUUUUUAAACGAUGUCACGAGUUAAACAACUUGAAUACUGAGAAAAAUGAUUGUAUUUGUUAUUUUAACCAUCAUGGAACAGCGCAAACUCCCUCGCCAAUAUACUUUGUAAAUGAGCCGUUUAAUAUUCAUAUUUUGGACUUUGGUCCUUGUUUAUUAGGUACCAGGAUGAAAAUUCUCCAGCGAUAAUUAUGGUGCUGGGAUGCUCCAAGUGGCUAGGUGUUCGUUUGGAAGUGCUUUGUAGUUUGCUUGUGACACUCGUAGCAGCAGGUGCGGUUAUCAUCACCCAAAUACCAGGUAAAUAUUGUACUACCUUACGUCUAAGUAUUCUCAUACUUGUUAAAAGGUAAUUUUCAAAAUGUUUUUCAGCCUUCUCCUUCGUUUUUCACAGGCUUGAGGAAUGUCGUGAACUGUUUGUUCUUUCUAACACCGACAACGUUUUUUAAGACGGCAAUGUUGGGCCCGGUACUAAUCAGUCAGUUGUCAACGUUAAACCUACAGCCCUAAAUGACCGAUAUGCACAUACAAAUUCUCCACCUUGAACGGAUGUCUUUUAAGUUCCUUAAUUAAUUAGUUGAAUGAGUUUGAUAAAAUAUCCAAGAAUUUCUUUUUUAAUUUUUUUUUUUUUGAUGUUGGUCAUUCUUGGGAAUUAUAGGGUUAUCGGAGUUUGGGCGUUUGUCUUUUAAAGAAUCAAAUACCGUAGAAAACGGCAAGGAUCAGCUCUACUUUGUCUUUCUUUUUUUUUCAAGGUGGGCUUCUUUGUGAAGAGGUGUCCUUAAGCGAUAGUUGAUUUUACCUAUCUCAUAGUAGCUCGCUUCGUUAACAUCUAGUCGGGAAAAAAUAGAUGUCUACAACUAAAACAAAAUAACAAUCACAAGUACUGAAUAAAGUUACAAAUUAUAUUGUUGCAGCCAUUGCAGGACUGUCGUUGGUUUAUACGCUGGAAACCUUAGAUGCAGCUCAGUUUGGACUCCAGCAGGUGUCCGAGACAGAGACCCUCAUGACGUCGGUUGAGAGGGUGAUGACGUACACGCAGCUGACACCAGAGCCUGGUUUUACUACCAGAGCCCAACCUCCUGUAUCAUGGCCUACCAAAGGGGAUCUGUCUAUUAAAGAUCUGUCUUUAACAUAUUUGGAAGGUGGUCUCCGUAUCCUUAAGGAAGUCACACUUACCAUCGGAGACGGAGAAAAAAUUGGCGUGUCAGGUCGAACUGGAUCUGGAAAAUCAUCCCUCCUGGCAGCAUUGUUUAGAAUGCCUGAACCAGAUGGAAACGUAAGACUUCGAUCUGUUCAUCCAAAUAUUGUACCUAUUUUGUUUCGAGGGUUUAGUUGAUCCAUGCAUCAGCACUCAUCCCAAAAUCCUGUCAGUUUACUUUCUUUUAAUGACUUGACAAUUAUUCAUCAAAUUUAUCAUCAUUUUCUUUGAUGAUAAGAAUUAUUUUCUUUUGAUAAUUUACAUGGAGGAUAAAAACGCUUGACAAUAAAUUUUUCAUAAUUUUUACCAAACCAUACGAUAUGUAGAACUGACCUCGUGAUCAGUCCCGUGUAAUAUAUUAAUUUAUUCCUGUUAAAGACGUUGAUGAUGAUAAGGGAAUGGCCACGAUAAAGGCUCACGGCCGUAUUCAGUCUGAGUUUCAAAAAGACUGACAAAAAUUCCUUCUUUGUUUUUUAAGGUAAUAGUGGAUGGCAUCAAUUUACAAACCUUGAAUGUGCAAGCCGCCAGGCGAAUAUUUUCCGUGAUAACUCAAGACCCUAUAUUAUUUUCCGGAAGCCUGAGAAGGAACCUGGACCCUUUUGAUAACUACACGGACUAUGAGUUAUGGAACGCUCUUGAUGAAGUCCAGCUAAAACAGUGGGUGCGAGACCAACUACCAGGGCAACUGCAAUACAAGCUCCUAGAGUCGGGUAGCAAUCUUAGUGUAGGUCAAAGGCAGUUAAUUUGUCUGGUACGAGUUCUUCUUGAGAAGAAGAAGAUUGUCAUUUUAGAUGAAGCAACUGCUAAUGUUGACUUUAAGAUGGAUCGUUUAAUUCAUGAAAUGAUACUUAGUAAAUUCAAGGAUACAACAGUAAUAAUUAUCGCUCAUAGACUAGAAAAUAUUGUUGACUGUGAUAGGAUCAUGGUGUUGGAUCAGGGUCGUGUUGUGGAGUUUGACAAACCUUCUGCUCUUCUAAAUAAGAGAGGGAGUUACUUUUCAGAGUUAGUUAAAACCUAUAAUAAUACCAUUAACUGA